AUGGUCUCUGCAGGUGCUCUCGUAUGGAUUUCAUGUCGCCCACUCCUCAAAAUGCUUUUGUGUACCACCUCUGGGUUUAUCCUCGCUAGACUCGAUCUCUUUAGCGCAAUGGCAGCCAGAGGUGCUGGUCAAGUCAUGCUUAAUAUCACCAUGCCAUGCCUCCUCUUUUCCAAAAUGGUUCCAGCGUUUACUCCUGAUAAUAUCAGUGCAUUGGGUCCUCUAAUCACCAUUGGCUGCAUUUAUCAGAUCCUAGGGCUUUUCCUUUCUCUUCUCGUUCGUGAAUUCUUUUGGGUACCUCACCGCUUCCGCACGGGUCUCCUGGUCGCUGGCGCAUGGUCAAACUGGGGCGAUGUUCCGACGGCAGUCAUUAUGAGCAUCACCGCUUCUGCCCCAUUUGCCCCCGGCGACGUCAAUUUGGGGGUGGCAUACAUUUCUGCAUUCAUCCUCGUCUUCUUUAUUACACUCUUCCCUCUGGGCGGCCACCUCUUGAUUGCGCAAGACUUUAAAGGGCCAGAUAAAGAGGACGAGGAAGUCAAAGAGGCCCUCCGUGCUCGUCAGCGUUCCCGGAUUCUUCUCUUUCAGCAAUGCCUCCGCUUUGUCUUUCGACCAGUCUUCCGGCGAGGAACGUCAUCGUCUGCGCACUCCGUUGAAGAGAACGUGCAUCAAGCAACCUCACUCAAAGAGGAUGAAGGGAUGGUGACCAAGGACAAACCAUUGGAAAAGGACGUUCGUGCCACGACCACUAUCACAGAGGUUUCCUCUGAAUCUGGAACCUUUCGCCCGCGACAUCAUCGACAUGUCUCGUUUGGCUCACACGCAGAGCCUUCUCAUCAUCAUCGCCGCGAUUCUUCUUUACCUCGACUAGACGAGGAAGGGUUGGUCGAGGUGGACGAAAAGGGCAAGGGGCUAGUCUCACCUGGGACAUCUACAUAUGGUGGCAAUGACAUGUCGAUGCUAUCACCGACCGUCACCAUGAUCAUGACAGAAAAGCAUGCCGAUGGCGUGCUUGGCUCCUCACACGAAAAGCCCAACGCAGACGAUACAAAGUCUAGCACCUCUUCUUCUUCAGGAAAGCCCGGAUUUGUUUCGCUUGUCGUAAGCUUCCUACACUCCCUUCUCACACCCGCGACAAUCACAAUGGCCCUCGCGUUUCCCAUUGCCCUCGUAAAGCCUCUGAAAGCCUUGUUCGUCGAGAUGGAGGACAGCCCAAUACCAUAUGCACCCGAUGGUAAACCACCACUGUAUUUCAUCCUCGAUACGACAAACUUUCUCGGUGCGGCGUCGGUCCCCCUUGGUCUGGUCUGUCUCGGGGCAGCGCUUGCGAAACUCAAGAUUCCCAAGACGAUUAAUGCACUCCCUGUUGGUGCUAUUGCGUCGAUGGCCGUUGGAAAGUUGAUCGUCUCUCCGGUACUCGGGGUGUUGAUCGUAAACGGGUUUGUCAAGGUCGGGUUCAUCAAAGAAGAGGACAAGGUUUUGCGCUUCGUGACGAUGUUCUUUUCAUGCAUGCCGACAGCCACCACCCAGGUCUUUAUGACCCAGGUAUACUCUGGGACAGGAGAGGCAGAGGCGCUCUCGCCUUUUCUGAUACCGCAAUAUGCACUCAUGUUUGUCUCCACGACGGCGCUCACAGCGUAUAGUCUUCACACGCUCUUCUGA